AUGGGUUCGAUUCCCAGAGCCGUCAAAGCUCAAGAAAAAUGGCCUCAGCUUGCUGAGCAGCAGCCUGGUGCCUUGGCAUCAGGUGACAAUACCAAAAAAUGGCCUCGGCUUGCCGAGCAGCAGCCUGGCAUCUUGGUGUCAGGUGACAACAAUACCAAACCUGCAAAAAGCAUCCGACAAUAG